AUGCCGACCAAGCCGAAACCGAAACCGCUGAAGGAACUCCAGGUCAAACUUCGAGGUCUACACGUGUCCUUCGAUAACUUGUACGACUUCAUGCAACAAUAUCGCCCGGAUACGAAAUGCGCGGAGGUCAAGGUUAGACUGGAGCAGCUCGAUAGAAUGUGGGACCGAAUGACCGAGGCUAUCGACGAAGUUGAAGCACACGAGGACACCACCACCGAUGAAGAUACGUACGCCAAACGGAGAUCGAAAAGUUCCACUACCUACGUAGCCAGCUGGAAGGCGAGGCACUCUCCGUCAUCGAUGCUCUAUACGAUAGCAUGGGAACUGCUAUCGAAAAGGUAUUCGAACUCCAAAAUCCUCCGAAAACGUCAGGUCCAAGCGUUGUUCGACUUAGCGGUUAUGAAAAGGGAAUGUUCUUCGGAUCUGCACAUUUUGCUGGAAUCGUUCGAGAAAAUAAUCAAGUCCCUAGAUCAGGUCAUCCAACCAGCCGACUACAAAGACGCAUUCCUACUCCACAUCCUAAGCUCUCGGUUAGAUGGGUCCACUCGCCGAGGUUGGGAAGAAAUCUCCUCCACCACCGAAACCGAUACACUCAAAGACCUAACCGAUUUCCUACAAAGACGUGUCAGAGUGUUAGAAUCCCUCCCAAGCAAAACAACUGAACCCAAACCCGAAAGUUUUCCUCCCAGGUUCCCCAAGAAGAUCCCCACGGUCAAGGUCUGCAACACCAAUAUACAACCAUCCUCUCCAUCAAUCAAAUGUUUUGCUUGCUCUGAGUGUCAUCUCCUAUACCAAUGCCCAUCGUUUUUGAAGAUGACCGUAACCGAUAGAGAUAGUCUUCUGAGAACUCACUCAUUGUGCCGAAAUUGCUUUCGUCGAGGUCACCAAGCGAGAGAAUGUUCUUCAAGGUUUACGUGCAGACAAUGCCGUGGAAAGCACCACACACUUGUAUGUUUCAAGGGUAAGGCCACCGACCACCAACAACCAGCAAAUCCCGAUCCCCAGCAGCAGAGUGCGGCGAGUGAUGAAGAUCCCCACCGAAGAUUGGUCAACUUGGCGACCACCGAGCAACCGGUCAGAUGCAAUGCGACAACAGCCCCAUCCACUGGUGUUCUUUUGCUUACAGCUGUUGUCCUAUUAGAUGAUGGAACGGGUCGUAGGGUACAAGCUAGGGCUCUUCUGGAUAGCGCCGCCGAAUGCAAUCUUAUGAGUAUGCGAUUGAGGAACAAAUUGAAGGUCAAGGGAAGGUCUAGCAACGUUGAGGUCGUUGGUAUUCAAGGAUUAUCUUCUACGGUACAGGGCAAGGUCAAAUUACUUUUGCGUUCUCGGAGUUGCGACUAUUCUCGAACCAUGGAUUUUUACGUUUUGCCCAAAAUAUCAUCCCCCACAUCAGCAGCAACUAUCGAUACCCGUAUGUGGAACAUACCAGUGGGAAUAGAGUUAGCUGAUCCCGAUUUCCUGAAAUGCGAACAUGUCGAUUUGGUACUGGGUGCAGAAUCAUUUUUUGAAUUCUUCGUUACUGGAAAUCGGAUUCAUUUGGGAAACGAACUACCAAUGCUGGUCGACUCCGUCUUUGGUUGGGUAGUAGCAGGGCGAUACGCAAGCAAAAUUCCACUCACAUCUGCAGUAUGCAACACGGCGACGAUGGGAAGACUAGACGAGUUAGUGGAAAGGUUCUGGCGAUGCGAGGAGAUUGAAUCCAAACAAAAUUAUUCUCCCGAGGAAUCGAAGUGUGAGGCACACUUUGUAAAUACAACUACACGUUCCCCAUCUGGUCGAUAUAUCGUAUCUUUGCCCCAAACUGAGUCGGUGAUUGAAAGGUUGAGCGGAUCCAAGGCUGUGGCGGAGAGGAGAUUUUACCAAAUUGAACGAAGGUUGACUAGGGAUGCCAAUCUUAAUCAACAAUAUUCCGAUUUCCUUCAGGAAUAUGAAUCGCUUGGACAUAUGCGUCGGUUAACCACAGAUGAAAUGAAUGAACCGAAUAGAUUUUUUCUACCCCACCAUCCCGUUGUGAAAGAGGCAAGCACAACAACCAAACUAAGGGUCGUAUUUGAUGCGUCAGCAAAAACCCCAUCUGAAUUCUCCCUAAACGAUGGCCUUUUGGUAGGGCCAAUCAUCCAAGAAGACUUGCGCUCCAUCAUUCUUCGAAGCCGAACUCGCCAGGUGAUGAUCGUGGCCGACAUCGAAAAAAUGUUUCGGCAGAUAGAAGUUUGCCCAGAUGACCGACGGCUGCAGUGCAUUUUAUGGCGACUAAAUCCGAAUGUUCCACUCGCUGGUUUCGAGCUAUCCACGGUGACUUACGGGACCAAACCAGCACCGUUUGUCGCCACCAGAGUUCUACACCAACUGACGAUAGAUGAGGGUGAUCGUUUCCCACUAGCUGCUGUUGCCUUGAGAGAAGACGUCUACAUGGAUGAUACGAUCACAGGUUCAGAUGAUCUCGAAUCAGCUCGACGCUUGCAAAUUGAGAUGGUUGAAAUGACAAUGUGUGCUGGUUUCAAACUUCGGAAAUUUGCCUCCAACUUCCCUUCGGUUCUAGAUGGGUUACCCGAAGAAGAUCUAGCGAUUCCAACUAACACCGCUGAUUUGAUUUCCAGAGGGAUCCGACCUGAAGAAAUUCAAAACAACAGCCUGUGGUGGCAUGGGCCAGACUGGCUGAGCUGCUCUUCGGACAAGGGGCCGAAGUCCGGAUCGUUCACAGCGGAUGGAGAGGAUGAGGAGAGGAAACGAGUUGUACUGGUAUCAACUGAAGCACGAUCAUUUAUAACCGAAUAUGUGGAACGAUACUCCAACUAUACUACGAUGGUUCGUCACACGGUGUAUUGGUUGAGGCUCAUCAAUUAUCUGCGGAAAGGAAGCAGCCGACUGAGUGGGCCACUCAGAGUGUGGGAACUUAGGCAAGCAGAGGCGAGAAUUUUCCAACUGAUCCAGGCGGAGGAAUUUAACCACGAACUCAGAGCGAUUUACAAGGGGAGAAAUGUUCCACUAUCAUCACCGCUGCGAUGGUUCGUUCCAAUUGUGGGUUCUGAUGGGCUACUUAGGAUUGGGGGGAGGUUGGGCCAAUCGAGAGAGUCUGAUGACACCAAACAUCCCAUUGUUCUUCCAUCCAAACACGACUUUACCAAACUACUGAUACGAUACUGCCAUAUAAACUACUACAUGCUGGCCCACAAUUAA